AAGAAGAAAAUACACAAUAAAUAAAUGAAGGGCAAAAUCUUAUUUCCUACCCACCAACUAACCCAAUUGCUCCAAAUACAAUUCUCACAUUUUUCACUCAAGAGUUCCCAAUUUCCCAUCACUUUCCUCUUCCCCAAACAAAUAUAACCAUUCAACCCCACGUUGGGUUUGGCCCUUUCUCCAUUUUCUUCUUCAAACUUCAAACUUCAAACUUCAUACACACACAUACAAAUUUCUCAAGCUCAAGCUCAAGCUCAAGCCAUGGUGUUACCCUCCGCCCAAUCCCAGAGCGAGCUCCCUUUAAACGAGAACGAUUCCCAAGACAUGGUCAUAUAUCAAGUCCUAAACGAGGCCGCCAUGUCACUCAACACGACGUCGUUUAUGCCCCAACGACACCCGAUGAUAACUACUACAACUCAAUCAACCACGACCGCCGCUGGGAGCGGAACCGGCCACCACCCACUACCUGCCCGAAACACAAUCAUGAAGAAGCACUAUAGAGGAGUCCGGCGCCGUCCCUGGGGCAAAUACGCCGCCGAAAUUCGUGACUCGGCCCGCCACGGCGCACGGGUUUGGCUCGGCACCUUCCAGACUGCUGAAGAGGCUGCUCUGGCUUACGACAGGGCUGCCUUCCGUAUGCGCGGCGCCAAGGCCCUCCUUAACUUCCCAGCCGAGGUGGUGGCGGCGGCUGCGGCUGCGGCGGCUCGUGUUCAGAGAGUUGAGACUAAUGGGUCGGGUAAUAGCAGUUCGGAUAAUUCGGUGGUGACUUCCAGAUCCGAAUCGGAGGGAAGUACGAUUACGAGUGGUGAGGGUCGAGAGUCAAGACCAGGUGUUUGAUAAAAGUACUAAUAGAGAUAUUAAAUUAAGUUUAUUAAACAGUUUGAUAGAUUUUUUUUAAUUUUAAUUUUAAGCUAUAGUGUCUUGGAUGAGCUUCUAGUUUGUACAUAUAUAUAUAUAAGAGGUGAAUGUUGUUUCGAUAUCAAAUGUACUAAUGUACAUUUCAUUGGUUUGGACUAUUUAAUAAAUGAAAUGCAAAAGACAAUUCAUAUA